AUGUGGAGGAGUCUAUAUCUCCUGGGCGCAGUGCUCUGUCUCACAGCCAGCAUCCCCAUAGAGAACAGGGCAGACCUGAGCCAAGCACCUCCCCGUUACCUGCUGGAGGAUGAGCCCCAGGCCGAGGACACAGCUGACUUUAGCAGCCUGCUAGCCAAGAUGAAAGCGGAGUUCCUCAAGUCCCUCAACUUGUCAGGGAGUCCCGGAGAGCCAGGGCACAGACCGCAGCCCCCUGAGUAUAUGCUGGACCUGUACAACAGGUUUGCCAACGACAGAACCGCCAUCCCUUCCUCCAACGUGGUCAGGAGCUUCAGGAAUGAAGACCUGUCACUAGGCAACCAAACUGAUGAUGUGAGGAUCCAUUCUCUGCUCUUCAAUGUGUCAGUUCCUCACCAUGAAGAAAUCACCAUGGCUGAACUCCGUCUCUUCACCCUGGUCGAUAUGGACCGGAAAAUAUACGAAGGAGUGGGCAGGAGAGUCACCAUCUAUGAAGUGAAUGGCCAGCACGAUGAAAGGACAGCAAAUGAUUCCAUUCUGGUGAAAUUAGCCGAAAGGCAAAUGUACAGCAGAGACAGCAGCUGGGAGACGUUUGAUGUGACUGAAGCGAUAAUGAGAUGGUCAAAGUUGGACAGUACCACUCACCGGCUUCAGGUGCACAUUGAAAACGUGGAAGGCAAAAAGGAUGACGAGGGAAGACUUGACAUUGACACGAAGCCAGAGACGAAUCACAUGCCCUUGUUAAUCGUGUUCUCCGAUGACAGAAAUAGCAUCAAAAAAGAGGCCAUUGAAGAGUUGGAGCAAAUGAUUGACCAUGAGAAAGAUGUGGCCUUUCAGAGCUUGAACAAUGAAAAUUUUGGCUUGAGCGAAGAAACUUUGCUGCAGAGGCAGUCAAACAUGCUCUACGACACCUCCUCCAGGAUCAGGAGGAGCGCGAAAGGCAGCUACUGCAAAAGGAGUCCCCUCUACGUCGAAUUUAAGGACAUUGGGUGGGACUCCUGGAUUAUAGCCCCAUCAGGAUAUGAAGCGUAUGAGUGCAAAGGCUUCUGCUACUAUCCACUGACAGAACAGGUCACCCCAACCAAGCACGCGAUUGUUCAAACUCUGGUUAAUCUCCGUAACCCCAAAAUGGCAGCAAAGGCUUGCUGUGUCCCCACUAAACUGGACCCCAUCUCCAUCCUCUAUGUGGAUGAUGCAGGUGCGGUCACAUAUAAAUUCAAGUAUGAAGGUAUGGUAGUGGCUGAGUGUGGUUGCAGAUAG